AUUGUGUUUGCGUGUGUCAUUUUUUUUCUCUCUCUCUUUCUCUCUCUCUGUCAUGAAGACAAAAACUGGCUGAGUUUUUGGUCUCUUUUCUUUUCUAAAUGGUUCUCUUGAAGUUUCUGAGCUGAUUUAUUUUGGACUUAAAAAGCAGAAGUGGCAGAAAAGUGUGACAAAGUUAGAGAAGGUGGAGACCUUGUUGUUACUGCGGUGCUGAGGCAAAUGUGCUGUGACAGCUGUGAAACACACCUGUUCAGGCUUUGACGAGGAGAGCCACGGAGCUGAACGGCAGUCACCCUUCAGACGCUCGCAUUAGAUGCUAAUCACAGGUUACCAUGAGUAAAUGUUGGAUGAACUUCAUCUUGGCUUGGGCAUCGAUGGCAACUUCAAUUUUUUGCCAAAGUGGAGAUGACGAGUGGGGUUCGGGCUUUAUGCUCUCUGCCACAGUGGACACCAACAGCACAGCGCAGGCCUUUGGUGAUGAGCCUGGGAGGGUGAAGGACAACCGUCCCCUAACGGUAACCAUGGGUUUCUCUCCAUCACCAUCCCCCUCGCUCCGGUACGACCUCCAACCAGACGAGUGCUCAGUCCACUUCGGCACCAACUCCGCUGCUUCGGCUCGGAGGAUGAAGGUAGAGAAAGAAGAGCUGGCCCACCUGAAGGCCGUACAGCGUGGGAACAAGGCCGUGGUAGAGAAUUUAGAGCAGUUCAUAGGGGCGGAGCUGGGGGAUCAGAGUUACCAAGACGUGAUCAAGAGUAAUAUCAUUGGGAUCCAAGAGGACCAGAAAGGCUGCAUUGAGAUGGUGGAGAAAGCUGAAGACGAUUUGAAAAAGCAGCUGGAGGGAGACGGCAAGGGGGAUUUUACAGGGAUGCAGAAAAUAAGAGAAGAGUCCUUGGUCUUUAAAGACAUGCUUCGCGCUGCAGCGGACAUCGCCAGCAGGUUGGAAAGGUCAUCACAGGCUCUGCACGCUUCAUUUACCAGGCAGCUGAAAGACAUUGUCAAAAUCCGCCACUAGGAAAAGCGUUUCCAAACUAUUCCAUCGUCAACGAAGUCUGGAUGAAGAGUAUUUAACUUUCCUGCAUUUCUCUUUGAAUUAGAGGUGCAGCAGCGUAUCUGUGUGGGACUGAAUGGGAAGGCAGAAAGAAAAAAAAUGCUCCACAGAAACAUUGAUUUUAUUUGAAAGGGUGCAAUAAACCCUCAACUUAUUAAAUAUUUUCCACCCACAGGCAUUACUUGUGGAACUUGGUGAGGUAAAAAAAAAUCACAGCAGUAUGCUGUGCAUGUUUGAAACGAUUCCAAGAUUUAUGAACCAAACUUUUGGAGAAAAAUAAAACAGUGUUGGUGGAAACUAUGUACUGAUUGUUUGCUAGUGGAUGGUGGAAGAGGCAAUAGAGAUUAUGUUUUAUCGAUAAUAAAAGAAAAAAUCGGUUUUGUCUCUUUUUUUCCUACUUGAACAUGAAUAAUUUUUUUUUAGCUCAUAAAAAGUUUUGUUUUUAAUUAAGGUAAUCUAUGUUUGGGACAAUAAAGAAACGCUUGAGCUUA